ACCUCUCUCUCUUCGUCAUCAUCACCUCUUGGUGGCAUUUCCAAUGCUCAUCACCCCUCUCUCGAUACUUACUCAUGAGCAUGGUUUAAGUCUUUAAUAACCCUGAAUCGGGCUUAGAUCAGUCAAGGGCGAUACUAUAAGUUUGUCGAUUCCCCAAACUCUAAGGAAUUCGUGCCUCUCUUUCUCCUAAAAUUCUGAGAGAGUUAUCAAUCCAUUUAUCUCUUGCGCUCACUUCAACUAGUGAGAAUGGAGCAUGAAAUAAGAGGCCAGAACUCGAUGCUUCUGAUGGAAGGAGAAGUUGAGCAUUCUGUGAUAGAGCUCAACGAGUUCAUGAUCAAUCCCGUUCCACAAUCGAAACCGAUAGUCAAUUUGAAUAGGAUCCCUCAUGUUAAGUUGCUAUCUUCACGUCAAAUGGAAUCUCUAUCGUUUAUUUGUGAAACCUUUCUACCAUCUAUCAAUCUCUCCGGCAACGGCAACGGAAACGGAAACGGAAACGGCAAAGGCAACGUCGUCAACGACGACGACGGCUCCAUCCACACAUAUUACAAAACUAGUGCAUCCAUGGCAGGAACCCAUGAACAUGUUGAAGUGAUGAUAGCAGAAACAUUGAAGCAUCCAUUGGUUCCUCUGCUUCUUAUAUCAUUAUGGAUGCUUUCCACAUGGUUUGGAACUUUUCUGCUCUGUGGGACAGCAACCCUGUCAACUAGAUUCCCUUACUUCCACAAAUUUUCACAGCUUCCUCAGAAGAAGCGGGAGCAGAUCUUUCUGUCUUGGUCUUUAAGCUUCUUUUAUCCCUUGAGAAUGCUCUUCAGAGCCCUCAAGUAUCUUACGAUGCUUGCCUUCUUUUCUCAGGUAGACGAGAAUAAUCAUAAUCUAUGCUGGAAAGCACUGGGCUACUGUGGACCGGAUCCGGAUUUCACUGAAAGAUCACAAGAAACCGAGAGAACUCAACCAGAAGGAGAAGGAAAUCGUUCCAAGGAUGGAGACGAAGAAAAUUUUGUUGGACCUCUUGAUAGAGGCCUUGUUGACGUAACACAACCAAGGGAAGUUCUCUCAGCAACGCUUGAGAAAUUGGGUUUUCCCGUCUCUCUUCACCAUCGUUCAUCCAUUAAAACCCCACCAUCCCUGUCUUCUCCUUCAUUAACCAUCCAAUGUGAUGUGGUGGUUGUGGGUUCUGGCUCUGGUGGUGGAGUUGUUGCUGGUGUUCUUGCCAAAGCAGGCUACAAGGUACUUGUCCUAGAAAAAGGAAACUACCAUGCUAGAAGGAAUCUAUCACUUCUUGAAGGACCAUCUAUGGAUCAAAUGUAUCAAAAUAAUGGAUUGCUGGUUACCAAUGAUAUGGGUGUAACGAUUCUGGCGGGCUCAACAGUUGGUGGGGGUUCUACAAUCAAUUGGUCAGCUUCGAUUCGAACCCCAGGUCAUAUAAUCAAGGAAUGGUGUAACACUCAUGAGCUCGAAUUAUUUGAUAGCAAGCUUUACGAACAUGCCAUGGAUGUAGUUUGUGAGCGUAUGGGAGUUCAAUCAAAUAUAAAAGAAGAAGGAUUCAACAAUGCAGUGUUACGAAAAGGGUGUAAUGAGUUGGGUUAUCCAGUAAACAAUAUCCCUCGAAAUUCGACUUCAGAUCACUAUUGUGGGUGGUGUUGUUUUGGGUGUAAAGAUGGGAGAAAAAAGGGUACCUCAGAGACAUGGUUAGUGGACUUGGUGGAGUCUGGUAAUGGUGUAAUUCUACCAGGUUGCACAGCUUUGAAAGUCUUACAUGAGAGGACUCAGAGAUCAAGAUGUCGAAACACAGCGACUGGGGUAGCCUUCCAAUUCAACAAUGGAUGGGGAAAGGAUGUAUGUGUGGUGAAGUCGAAGGUGACAAUUGUUGCAUGUGGUGCUUUGUCCACGCCAACAUUGUUAAAGAAAAGUGGAUUGAGGAAUCCAAACAUUGGGAAACACCUUCAUCUUCAUCCAGUGGCAAUGGCAUGGGGUUACUUCCCUAAUUCAUCAAAUGGGUGUCCUAAAUUACAAGAUAAAAAGAGUUAUGAAGGGAGUAUAAUGACGGCAAUGUCCACCGUUGUCGCAAAUUUCGAAGUUUCUAGUGAUGGUGGCAGCGGCGGCGGCUAUGGUGCCGUGAUACAGACACCGGCAUUGCACCCGGGAAUGUUCUCAGCACUGAUCCCUUGGUUGUCUGGCAUUGACAUUAAAGAGAGAAUGUGUAAGUUCUCAAGGACUGCUCAUAUAUUUGCACUGGCAAGGGAUAAAGGAUCAGGUACUGUGAACUCAUCAAAUUCAUACAGUUAUCAAAUGGAUGAUAUUGAUGAAGAGAACCUAAGAAAAGGAUUGGAGAAGAUACUUCGGAUAAUGGCAGCUGCAGGGGCGGAAGAGAUUGGAACACAUCAUUGUGACGGUAAGAAAUUGAAUGUAAAGGAAGCAAGUUGGCAUGAGUUUGAGAGGUUUGUGAAAGAGGAAAGUAAGAAAGAGCUUAGGGGUUUGUCUACGCCGAUAUGCUCUGCCCACCAAAUGGGAAGCUGUAGGAUGGGAGUUGACCCUAAUGAGUCUGUGGUGAACCAAAGAGGUGAGACAUGGGAAGUGGAGGGUCUGUUCCUUGCAGACACAAGUGUAUUUCCUACGGCUUUGGGUGUGAAUCCUAUGGUCACAGUCCAGUCCAUCGCUUAUUGCACUGCUCACUCGGUUCUUGAUGUUCUUUGGAGGAAGAAGAGCCGAAACUGAAUCAGAUAACCCACAAAUAAACACAUGUUUCGCCCUAAAUAAACACAUGCUAAUAUAUGUAUUUUAAAUAUAUAUGUAUUUCUUACCAAUGCAUUCACUCACUAUUACAGCUAGGAUCUUCAGCAACUUUAAGUUUGGAAUAAGACUCAUCUAUUUUCUCUACUUGUUAUGAAUUGGAAAUGGUUCUUUUAACUUUUGUAAUGUCACUAACUCAUGGUGGAUGAAACAAAACUCAUCAUUUAGGUUCCAUGAAUGAGAGUAUUAUUUGUAA